UUCUCUGCACGUCAUGUUGUUGGUUAAACUCUUCUCUUUGGGGUGGGGCAGUUCCCCUGGUUGAUUUCUUUUACCUACUCACUGACCUUGACUGACUUCUAAGUUCCAGGUGCCUGCAUUUUCCAGCUCCAGAAUGCACAGCUCCUUACAAGGUUGGCCAUGAUGAGCACCCUGCAGUCAAAGGACGCUAAGGCGCUGCUUGUUCAGUUUGUGGGAGAUGAUGAUGUUCUCAAUCACAUUUUAGACAGAGAAGGAGGAAGUAAAUUAAAGAAGGAGAAAGCUCAGCUUUUGGUCAAUCCCCAGAAGAUAAUAAAGAAAGCAGAAUGUGAAUUGGAAAAAAGUGACCAGGAAGUCUUAAAGGAUCAGAACUACGUGGAAGUUUUGGGAAGAAAUAUUCAAGAAUCCUUGAAAAAUGGCUCAGCUGUAGAUGGUGGGGAAAAGGUUUAUUCUUUUCAACACAGAAAACACCCUGAAGAGAUGACGAAAUUAGCUUUAGAACUAGCAAAGGUGCCAAGAAAAAUUGUUCCAUUUGACUCAAAGAAUGAUCCUGAAAUUACAAAAACUGUUGCUCAAAAAAGCAAGGGUAAGGAACCAUCAGGGUGCCCUGGGCCGGCUGCCAAUCUCCAGGCUCAACAGGAGACCCUGCCCCAAUAUACACGGAGGGAACUUUUCUUUCAACCUGCCAAAUUUCCCGAUUGCUUCUGCCCUACAGUGCCAAAGUUUCACUGUGACAGUGAAAGUGAGUACUCUGCUUCCAACUCCGAGGAUGAGGAAGAAGCUGCAAGAGACGAUGAAGAGGACGCUGCUCAGAGUAGACUCCCUCCAGCUCCUGCUUCCAAAAGGACCCCAGCUAAGAAAAUGAAAAGGGAGAAGGCUAGUGACUUGGUAGAAGAAUACUUUGAAGCCCACAGUAGCACAAAAGUCGUAACGUCAGAUAGAACCCUGCAGAAGCUGAAGAGAGCUAAGCUGGAUCAGAAAACGUUGCGUAGCUUACUCAGCAAAGCCUCACCUUCCUUCUCUGCUGAAAUUGAACAGUUAAGUCAACAGCAUGAGAAACUGUUUCAUAAAUGGAUGCUACAGCUACACCUUGGCUUCAGCAUUGUGCUUUAUGGCCUGGGGUCUAAGAGAGAUUUACUUGAAAAGUUUAGAGCCACCAUGCUUCAAGGUUCCAUUCAUGUUGUCAUCAAUGGCUUCUUUCCUGGGAUCAGUGUGAAAUCAAUCCUGAAUUCUAUAACCGAAGAUGUCCUUGGUCAUAUGGGUACUUUCCAAAGUGUUCUGGACCAGCGAGACUGGAUAAUAAACAAACUUAAAGAAGAUUCUUCUUUGGAGCUCUUCCUUCUUAUUCACAAUUUGGAUAGCCACAUGUUAAGGGGAAACAAUAGCCAGCAGAUCCUUGCACAGUUGUCAUCUUUACCUAAUGUGUACCUUAUAGCAUCUAUCGAUCACCUCAACGCCCCUCUCAUGUGGGACCACGCAAAGCAGAGUCUUUACAAUUGGCUUUGGUAUGAAACUACUACGUACAGCCCUUACACUGAAGAGACCUCCUAUGAGAAUUCCCUUCUGGUUAAAAAGUCUGGCUCUCUGCUGCUUAGUUCUCUGAUUCAUGUCUUACGAAGCCUUACGCCCAAUGCAAGGGGGAUUUUCAGGCUACUUAUCAAGUUCCAGCUGGAUAACCAGGACAGCCCUUCCUACAUCGGACUUUCUUUCCAAGACUUUUACCAGCAGUGUCGGGAAGCCUUCCUUGUUAACAGUGCACUCACACUCCGAGCCCAACUAACUGAAUUUAGGGACCACAAACUCAUAAGAACGAAGAAGGGAACUGAUGGUGUAGAGUAUUUAUUAAUUCCUGUUGACAGCGGAACAUUGGCUGAUUUCUUGGAGAAGGAAGAGGAGGAGGUUUAGACUCUCCUACCCUUGAACUUUAUGUGGAAGGCCAUUGUACCCAGCUCCAGUACGAAUGCAAGUUUACAUCCAACAGUAGGUCAUUCUGCCCAGCAUACCAGAUGGUCUAUUGAAGGGCAGUCAUCAAUUUGAACUUGAUUAGCCUGGCUGGUGUACUGUCUCUAAUACUAUGCAGUGGUCAUCGAGUGGGAGAAAAAUGUGCCUUUAAUUUAUUACCUCUGGA